AUGUGUGUGUGUGUGUAUCUCAGUUUAUCCAAUUUCUCUCUCUCUCUCCCUUCUCCGCUAUCUAUCUAUCUAUCUAUCUAUCUAUCUAUCUAUCUAUCUAUCUAUCUAUCUAUCUAUCUAUGUAUUACAUUUUUCCUAUUUCUCUCUGUCUCUCUCUAUCUAUCUAUCUAUCUAUCUAUCUAUCUAUCUAUCUAUCUAUCUAUCUAUCUCAGCCACUUCAUUUUCUGUCUAUCUAAGACUUUUAUCCAAUUUCUCUCUCUCCCUCCUCCACUAUCUAUCUAUCUAUCUAUCUAUCUAUCUAUCUAUCUAUAUUGUAGUCUCUUACUGAUCUAUCUAUCUAUCUAUCUAUCUAUCUAUCUAUCUAUCUAUCUAUCUAUCUAUCUAAGACUUUUAUCCAAUUUCUCUCUCUCUCUCCGUUAUCUAUCUAUCUAUCUAUCUAUCUAUCUAUCUAUCUAUCUAUCUGGUUUUAUCUUUUCUGCUCUCUCUAUCUCUAUCUCUCUAUCUCUCUAUCUCUCUUUCUCUCUCUCUCUCUCUCUCUCUCUCUCACACACACACACACACUCUUUCUCUCUCUUUCUCUCUGCCUCUUUCUUCCCUUCUUUCUUUCUUUUAGCCUCUUUUUGGCAACGUCUUCUAUUUAAACUAUCUAUCUAUCUAUCUAUCUAUCUAGAUAGAUAG